UUAGCGACGACGACGACGAUGGCGGCGUUGACGAUGACAACAACAAAGAGCACAGCCGGCAAUAACAGCAGUGAACGACUCCCACAAGAGCAGCAACUGCCAGCCGCCGCCCAUUUAACAGACAACUCUAAAGCUACUACUAAUUCUACUACCAUUACUACUACUACUACUACUACUUUAUUUACUACUAUUUUGAAAAUUAUAAUUUCUGCUAGCUUGCCACUUUUCUUGCCAUGAGUAGCGGGGUAGCGAAAGCGUGCUGAAAGCAUUGUUAGAAGAGUGUUGCAAAAAAAAGGAGCAAAAAUUUGCAAAAAAAAAAUCAGCAGUAGAAACCCUAAAAGUGGCGCAAAUUUCAAACCGAAAACCAAAAAUAAGCGGUUUAUGCCACAAAAUUCCUGACCGAGCAAGAACGCUUUGAGAUUAUGAAAUGAGUAUGCCAUGGCAACUGCAAAACCAACCCAACCGCAAUGAUCUGGCAAGCAUGGCAUGAAAAAUACAACAACAAUUCGACGAUUUCUCAGUAAACAAAAACGUGUGCUUGCAAGUACUUGAAAUGUUUUUGAAUUUUUUGCAAAUUUUCAAAAUCUAAAUAAAAGCAAAAUUUUUUAAUUUUACUACUUUUUGUUGUUGUAGCUGCUAGGAAUUGCGUAUAAUAUAAAAACGUUAAGCGCAACACUGGCCUUUGUUUAGUAGUACUGGUAGUAGUAAUAGUAGUAUACAUAUGUAUGAGUAGUAGUAGAGCGCGUGUGGCGAGCGAGCGAGUAGUGGUGGCACAAGCGGCAAGUGCGCAGUGGUGUUGUGUAUGUGUGUGGCCAGUAGCAGCCGACGGCGUUGCCAACUGUUUCGAGGAUUGUGUGCGGCGCUGCGGACCGUGGAUCGUCCGUCUUGUGCAAUUGUUGCAGUUAAGGAGAUUGGAAACGGUCGAUCACCGCUGCUACAAGAGCCGCUCUAUGGAACACGCCCACAACCCUACAGUAAGUUUCAGCAAAAUAGUUUCAUAACUACCACCACAAAUAGUACUAUUGGCCUCAUAUCCACACCAACCAAUUUUUGUCAAUUUAAAGAGCCACCACUGUUGGGGCCAGGCGCCGCCUUCCCACCAUUUGGCGCAGCGGAAUUCCAUCCCACCACACCGGAAAAUUGGAAGGGCGCCACCAUACAUCCGACCGGACUGAUGAAGGAGCCAGCUGUGGUGCCGGGCCGCAAUGCACCGGUCACAUUCGCUACACAGGCACAAGGCCAGGACAUUAUACCUUCUCUCCAGGGUGCUGUCAUGAUGGUUUAUGGCUUGGAUCACGACACAUCGAACACAGAUAAAUUAUUCAAUUUGGUCUGCUUAUACGGCAAUGUUGCAAGGAUUAAAUUUCUGAAAACCAAAGAGGGCACCGCCAUGGUACAAAUGGGCGAUUCGGUCGCCGUCGAACGCUGUGUCCAACAUUUGAACAACAUUCCCGUCGGCAAUGGUGGCAAAAUCCAGAUUGCCUUCUCCAAACAGAAUUUCCUGUCCGAAGUUAUAAAUCCAUUUUUAUUACCCGAUCAUACACCCAGUUUUAAGGAGUAUACCGGCUCAAAGAAUAAUCGCUUCCUGUCGCCAGCACAGGCAAGCAAAAAUCGCAUACAACCACCGAGCAAGAUUCUGCACUUCUUCAACACACCGCCUGGCUUAACCGAAGACCAGCUAAUAGGCAUUUUCAAUAUCAAAGAAGUGCCCGCCACAUCGGUGCGAUUAUUCCCACUUAAAACGGAACGUUCCUCAUCGGGACUAAUUGAGUUCCCCAAUAUUUCACAGGCCGUUUUGGCCAUCAUGAAGUGCAAUCAUCUGCCAAUUGAGGGUAAAGGUACCAAAUUUCCCUUCAUCAUGAAACUCUGCUUCUCAUCGUCGAAGAGCAUGAACGGUGCAUGGAAUAAUGCCACCAACGAGGGUAUGAUCGAGAAAGAGAAUGAAGUGGAAGUGAAGCAGGAUGUAUAUAAUUGAGAUUUAAUACAAAUUCUCUAAACUUAAAAAACAACAAAAACUACAUGAAAAUAAACACAACACAACCACAAGCAUAUAAAUAUAGAAAAGAGAGGACAACAGUAAAUAAAUGGCAACAAAACAAAAACAAUUAAACAAGU